AGUAAAUCCUCUCCUGAUUCGGCACGGUAUGGCUCGUCGGUGCGCGGCGGGUGAAUAUUCCGGGUCGUGGGUGGAGUAGCAGAUCUAGGAGGUGUGAUUGGCUCAAUGCAGUUCCAACGUUCGCGUGCCAAUUAAGUCUCUAAAUGCAGGUCUUGACCACCUGUGGUAGAGCUACCCAAAAAAUUGGUUCGACGACGAAAAAAACGACCUGUACGAGCCCACGAGACGACGACUCAGCCUGCUGGCCUCCUCUCGACGCGCCAUGAUCUCCUGGUACCCCUCUCCAUGACAAUCCUCUCCAAUCUCCAAUCCCCACAUUCCGUCCACAUAUCGUCGUGAGCGAAGAUGCAGAAGAUCCUCCGCCGUGUGGCUACCGCUGAGCGGGUGGCCGCCAAGCGCAAGAAGGCCAAGAAGGCCAAAGUCUGGAAUCGAAAUGAAAAGGAUGCAAAGGCCCAAACUCUCCAACAUGUGAGGAGAGCUUUAGGUGAGAUUCAAGAGGGGAAGCAGAUGGUUCGAGAUGACUGGGCUAUGGGCCCCAUAGCGCCGCGUGCCGAUGUUGGCGAUUUCCAGGGCGCUUUUGGGUCUGUCAGCGAGGUCCGGUACACUGGUACUCGUUUUUUCUCUCUCGCCGUACGCAAUGCCCGCUGUCAAUGGGCCGGUGGCGCUUACCAGCUCUGCCUGGCCAAGGGAGACCGAGUCGUUUUGCUAGACGGCCCCGACAAGGGGCGUAUAGGCACGAUAAGUGAGAUCAACGAGGACACUGCGGAGGUCACAGUCCAAGAUCUGAAUAAGAGCAAUAUUGUAUUAAAUGAACAUCUUCAAAAAGACGGCAUGAUAGCCGCGAAUAUCGAGCUUCCAUUACCCGUCUCUGCCGUGCGGCUCGUCCACCCUAUAACCGACCCCUCAACCGGCAAAACCAACGAUGUAAUCAUCAACCGAUUACUGCCUAGCAACCUAGUAACAGACCGAUUAACCGGCAGGCGGCGCUGGGACCGCGUGGUUCCCGGCCUCAACAUCUCGAUCCCGUGGCCGCCCAAGGAAGAGCCCAACCACCCCGUCAACACGGCCGACACCGUGCGCAUUGACGUCGAGCAGAAGACCUUCGUCCCCACGCUCCUCCGGCCCCCGAUGCCCGAGACCGUCAUCGACGAGCUGCGCAACAAGUACAGCCGCUUCCGCACGCGGCACGAACCCGAGUACAUUGCGCGCCUCGAGCUCGAGGAGCAGAAGAAGAAGGACCGCGCCAAGCUCAUGGAGAGCAUGCGCACGCCGCUGCAGGAGUUCCACCGCGCCGAGCGCGACAAGAAGAAGAAGAAGGGCAAGCCGCGUCUCACCGUGGAGAUGCUCGAGAAGAUCGGCGAGGUCAUUGCCAAGAACCGCGAGAGGUCGCUCAAUGCCGCCGGCGUCUCGGACGCCCUGCCGCCCUCCUCCGGCAUCUCAUCAGACGUGCCGCCUCCUACAAGUCCGAAUGCAGAUCCAUCUCCUCCGCCGCCGUCAACAUAGGAGCUUUUCUGGUAGCUGAUAGGGGUGGUUGGCUGGCCCGGGAUCAGGCCAAUUGUAGACUAAUCGUAUUCACGAUACAUAAAACAUGUGAUCACGCAUCCCCUUGUUUAAACCAAGAUCUGUAUCAUACAUGUAUAUACCAUCCCGUCUUUUGCGGGCAUCAAUCUAGCCACACGCAUGAAGGGUGAAUCAACAAAAAUUCAAAUAUCGUAAAUAUUCGAAA